GAAUGUUGUUGGAAUACACUACAGUCAGGGAGGCUGACGGAACGAGACGUGAGCUCACAUGGUGCCAAUUUCUGAAGAUGAAAUCGUUUCCAUUUGACACCAAGGAUAAUAACACAUCGUAACAGCGUCUACCCGAUCAUUCUUCAGGUGAAAGAUCCAACUCUUCCAGCUGUUGGGGCUCACGCGUGGGCUUGCAGAGGGGAGCAGAAUCGUCCUGGCUCAGGGCUUCUCAGACAGUCGUCGCUCUCAUCCAGACUCCUGUCCAUCCAGGUGACGGACGCACCCAGCGAGCGAUGGACUUGUGCUGACUUGGCUCGUUGCCUCAUCCCUGCCUCCCUCCUCUCCAUGACUGAGUGACCCAGUGGGAUGGAGAGGGCUGCAGAGUUAGAGCUCCCUGCGGCCGCCUGCAGGAUAUGAGUGUUGUGAGCCCUGAGACGGACCACGUGUGGAAGCUGUCUGGUUGCCCGGGAGACGCGUCUGGUUGCCCGGGAGACGCGUCCAGAGCCCUGCAGGCUGACGAGCAGCUGAGCCGCAAGCUGAAAGCCCUGAACGGCAGCAUGGGCCCCCCGGCCCCCGCCCCGGGGAAGCCUGACGGAGGGGGCAAGACCAACGGCACCCCGGCCAUGCCCAAGAUGGGGGUGCGAGCCCGGGCGACAGAGUGGCCCCCCAGAGAGAAGGGCUGGGACGGGCGGCCCUCGCCAAACUACGAGAGCGUCAUUGCUGCGUUUCAGAAUGGCCAGCCGGCGGACCAAUCAGGAGAAGGAGCGGAGCAGGGCGACGCCCCUCCUCCAGACUCGGACUCCAAGUACUCCCUGAGUGACCUCCUCAGCCAGUCCCCACUGAGGGCGCUGCACCCCAUCCGCCAGCGCAGCAACAGCGACGUCACCAUCAGCGACAUCGACUCGGAGGACAUCAUGGACCAGAACGCAGUCAACCCCAACACGGGGGCAUCGCUGCACCGAGAGUACGGGAGCACGUCCUCCAUCGACCGGCAGGGCCUGGCUGCGGACGGCUUCUUCACCAUGCUGAGGGGCUACCGGGUGGACGGCCUGGACCCCCGCAGCAGCCCCCCGCUGGGGUUCCCCGAGCUGCUGCGCUACGACACCGCCCUGUCCCCCAGCCUGCUCACAGCCGCCCAGAUCGCCCGCGGCGAGAUCGUCCGCCUGGGGAACUACGACUACGUGGACGCCUCCCUGCUCUACGGCCGCGAGCGCGACAAGAGCUUCAUGAGGCGCCUGCGAUCGGACUCGUCUGAGACCACGUCGCUGUUCAGGAAGCUGCGUAGCAUCAGGAGCGAGAGCGACGCCUUCCGGCUCUCCCUGGAGCAGGACGAGCCCCGGACGCUGGGCUUCCAGAAGUGCUUCGCCCACUACGACGUGCAGAGCGUACUGUUCAACAUCAGCGAGGCGGCGGCCAGCAGGGCCAACCUCAGCCAGAGGAAGAACACCACCACGGGGGCCUCGGCUGCCUCACAGUACCAGCAGGGCCCCGGGGCCGGGCCUGGGGCUGGAGUUGGGGCCGGUGCUGGGACAGAGGGAGGCGUGGUGGGGGGAGGGAGCAGUGGAAAUGCCCCCGUGUUUGAGUCUCCCAUGGGCAGCCGGGAGGACCUGAACCCCAAGGAGAACCUGGAUGCAGACGAGGGGGAUGGGAAGAGCAACGACCUGGUCCUGAGCUGCCCCCACUUCAGGAACGAGGUGGGGGGGGAGGGGGAGCGCAGGAUCUCCCUGUCCCGGGCCAACAGCGCCGGCUACAGCGGCGCGGGGGAGAACUGCUCCUUCGAGUCGUCUCUCAGCUCCCACUGCACCAACGCAGGCGUGUCGGUGCUGGAAGUGCCCAGGGAGAACCAGGCCAUCCACAGAGAGAAGGUCAAACGCUACAUCAUCGAGCACAUCGACCUGGGAGCCUACUACUACCACAAGUACUUCUAUGGGAAAGAGCACCAGAAUUAUUUUGGCGUGGACGAGAACCUGGGUCCUGUGGCCGUCAGCAUCCGCAGGGAGAAGCUGGACGAGGGGAAAGAUGGGACGCAGUACAACUACCGGGUCACCUUCAGGACCAGCCAGUUGACGACCCUCCGCGGGGCCAUCCUGGAGGACGCGGUGCCCUCCUCGGCCAGGCACGGCACAGCUCGUGGCCUGCCUCUGAAGGAGGUUCUGGAGUACGUGAUCCCAGAGCUUAACAUCUCCUGCCUGAGGCUGGCCCUCAACUCCCCCAAGGUCCCUGAACAGCUCCUCAAAGUGGACGAGCAGGGGCUGAGUUUCCAGCACAAGGUGGGGGUUCUGUACUGCAGGGCGGGGCAGAGCAGUGAGGAGGAGAUGUACAACAACGAGUCUGCCGGCCCUGCGCUGGAGGAGUUCCUGGACCUGCUGGGACAGAGGGUCCGUCUCAAGGGCUUCACCAAGUACCGCGCCCAGCUGGACAACAAGACUGACUCUACAGGAUCACACUCUCUCUACACCACCUACAAGGACUAUGAGCUCAUGUUCCAUGUGUCCUCUCUGCUGCCCUACACCCCCAACAACAGGCAGCAGCUACUGAGGAAAAGACACAUCGGCAACGACAUCGUGACCAUCGUGUUCCAGGAGCCUGGCUCGCUGCCCUUCACCCCCCAGAACAUCCGCUCCCACUUCCAGCACGUGUUUGUCCUCGUCAAGGUGCACAACCCCUGCACCGAGAACGUCUGCUACAGCGUGGCCGUGUCGCGGUCUAAAGACGUGCCCCCCUUCGGCCCCCCCCUCCCCAAGGGCGUGACCUUCCCCAAGUCGGCUGUGUUCCGGGACUUCCUGCUGGCCAAGGUCAUCAACGGAGAGAACGCCGCCCACAAGUCGGAGAAGUUCCGCGCCAUGGCAACGCGCACACGGCAGGAGUACCUGAGGGACCUGGCAGAGAACUUUGUGAGCACGGCCACCAUCGACUCUGCGGUGAAGUUCAGCUUUAUAACGCUGGGAGCCAAGAAGAAGGAGAAGACCCGCCCCAGGAGGAACGCUCACCUGCUCAGCGUGGGGGCCAUCACCUGGAGCGUCAGCGCACGAGACUUCGGCCAGUCGGCCGACGUGGACUGCCUGCUCGGCAUCUCCAACGAGUUCAUCGUCCUGAUCGAGGAAGAAUCCAGGAACGUGGUGUUCAACUGCUCCUGCCGCGACGUGAUUGGCUGGACCUCGGGGAUCAUGAGCAUUAAGAUCUUUUACGAGCGCGGGGAGUGUGUCCUGCUGGCAGCCCACGACAGCUGUGGAGACGACGUCAGAGACAUGGUCCACAGGCUGGAGAUAGUGACCCGGGGCUGUGAGACGUCAGAGAUUACCCUGCGGAGGAACGCUCUGGGCCAGCUGGGGUUCCACGUCAACUUUGAGGGCGUGGUGGCGGAUGUGGAGCCUUUUGGCUUCGCCUGGAAGGCGGGGCUUCGCCAGGGCAGCCGGCUGGUGGAGAUCUGCAAGGUUGCCGUGGCGACCCUCACCCACGAGCAGAUGAUCGACCUCCUGAGGACGUCCAUCAGCGUGAAGGUGGUCAUCAUCCAGCCACACCAGGACGGCGCCCCCCGCAGGGGCUGCUCGGAGCUCUACCGCAUCCCCAUGGUGGAGUACAAGGUGGACAGCGAGGGCAUGCCCUGCGAGUACAAGACCCCCUUCAGGAGGAACACCACCUGGCACCGUGUCCCCACGCCGGGCGGGGCUCCGCUACCCCGGGGCUCUCCCACCAUGGGCCCCGAGCGCCACCAGGCCCAGCACCUCCUCCAGCAGGCCCAAGCUGCUAUCCCACGAAGCACCUCGUUUGACAGGAAGCUGCCUGACGGAUCCAGGGCUGUGCUGGACAUGGAGAACCCCCAGGUGAGUGUGUGUAACCAGAGCGACCAGCCGUACCGGAGUUCCCCUAGUAACCAGUCAUCCUCCAGCGACCAGCCGUACCGGAGUUCCCCUAGUAACCAGUCAUCCUCCAGUGACCCUGGGCCCUGCAGCAGCACAGGCUGGACACAGCAGCACGGAUACCAUGGCUGUCCUUCUCCAGUCCUCCAGGAGCGCUGUGGGGAGCUGCAGGGAGAGGUGGACGUGCGGGAGAGAGACACCACGCUGGAGAGGACCCGCUCUGCAGAGGCCAGAUGGCACCUCCCCUCCACCAAGGUCCUCAGCUCCCUGAAGCAGAGGGAGGGGAGCAAGGACUCUCCCAGCAAGCUGUCUAGGACGGGAGAUAAGACCUCCAGCCCCUCCAGCAGCAACACCCUCUCCAGUAAUGCCUCCAGCAGCAGCGACGACAAGCACUUUGGCUCCGGGGACCUGAUGGACCCUGAGCUCUUGGGCCUCACCUACAUCAAGGGGGCAUCCACAGAUAGCGGCAUCGACACCAACCCCUGUGGGCCCCCCGGGGCCCGGGUGCUUCAGGGCAGGCUGGCCGAGCAGGGUCUGGUCUGGGGCCCCGAGCACGACGCAGCCUCAGAGGAGGAUCAUGGGAAGGCUUACCUGCCGCAGGGUUUCGCCUCCGCCAUCUUGGCUGGUCAUGUGACCGAGGGCAGCAUCGGAGACCUCAGCGAGAUCUCCUCCCACUCCAGCGGUUCACACCACUCUGGCAGUCCCCUGGCUCGUGGGGCACGCUACUGCACCUCCGCCGACUCCGCCCGCGUCUACACCAUCCCUCAGACCAGCUCAGGGGCGGGGCUAUGCUACUCCGCCCCCCAGACAGGGGCGGGGUUAAGUUCGGAGGCCUGUGGACAGACACGACAACAGCCUGGCACCAAGAACUCUGAAGACACACCCCCUCCCGAAGACACACCCCCUCCUGAAGAGCCUGCCAUGUCAGAGUGUGGGCAGCUGUACGCCCAAGAGGCCUGUCAACGACAGGCGGGGGAGAGGGGGGCCGGGGGCCUCCAGGGGCUGUCCAAGGAGGAGUACCUGAAGAUGAUGCUGCCCGACAGCCCUCCAGGGCACGAGGGCCCCCGCAAGAUGUCAGCGUCAGAGAGCCUGUCACCACGGCGAUCCCUGUAUCGUACCCUGUCAGAUGAGAGCGUGUGCAGUACCCGUAAGGGCUCGUCCUACAGCAGCUCCCACAGCUCUGCUCUGGACCAGACCUUGGCCAGCGACAUCCUGUUCAGUAGCACCCCGCCCUACCACACCACCCUACCCCCCCGCAGACCCCCUGGGGGGGGGCUGAGGAAUGAGCUGUGGUUCUCUGACGGCUCCCUGGCUGACAGGUGCAAGUCCGGCGACCCGGGGCUCAUGCCCCUGCCUGACACCGCUGCCGGGCUGGACUGGUCCCACCUGGUCGAUGCUGCGCGCGCCUUCGAAGACCAGCGGGUGGCCUCCUUCUGCACCAUGACAGAUAUGCAGAGAGCCGAGGCUCUGCAGAUCUCCCAGGAGCUGACCCGCCGCGUGGCCGCUGCCGAGGGAGCAGCUCUGCAGGCAGGGAGCUGCCCUGCCACGCUGACGGGGAAGGUGAACCAGCUGGAGGUCAUCCUGAGACAGCUCCAGUACGACCUCCACAAGGAGAAGGAGGACAAGGCCAUCCUGCAGGUGGAGGUGCAGCACCUGAGGCAGGACAACAUGCGUCUUCAGGAGGAGAGCCAGACGUCAGCAGCGCAGCUCAGGAAGUUCACAGAGUGGUUCUUCCACACCAUCGACAAGAAGCCCUGAGAGCCCCCUCCCUGCCCCUGCCCCUCCUGCCCCCACCCCUCCCUGCCCCUCCUGCCCCCACCCCUCCCUGCCCCUCCUGCCCCCACCCCUCCCUGCCCCUCCUGUCUCCACCCCUCCCUGCCCUUCUGCCUCUGGAGGCUGGUUUGAGGGCCUGGGGAGGGAGAACUCCGACAGGCGUCUUGGAAAGGCUUGGAUGAUCCUCUAUCCCUCUGGGACAGACUGUCUCAGGUUCACCGGGCACCAGGUGCCUGCUUCACCGGGACAAACCUACAGUAGUGGAAUGUAAAGCCUUCAAAGUCCUGUACUGUAGCUUCACAUCUGAACUGAACCCUAUUCUACUGGACUGAACACACUGUCACUCAACUGUUACCAUGGCACCCGGGACAUUUCCCUUCUCCAUGGAGACAAAGAGCAGGAAACGAGGGAGGGGAGGAGGAAGAGGAGGAAUGUACUGGACAUAAUGAAGUGGUACUUACUGUCUGCUCACACCAAGAGGGGCCACAUGUGGAGGAGCUGAAAACAAAGCGUGGAAAAAAUGAAUGUAGCUCAACUGAGAUCUAUUUUUGCUGGACUUUCUGGUUCCUGGUUCCCAAAGUCACAACCAUUUAGAGUCCUGAUGUUUGAUCCCAGCGCUUUCUUCCACCGUGCUUUCUUUUCCUCAGUGUUGUAACAUAGGGUCAAAUGGCAGUAACUUUGAUGUUUCAAGUUUUUCUCCUUACACAUAUGAAAAAUGUUUGUCAGUAGUUUAUAUCCAGUGUCACAAUGUCCUAGCAAUAACAAAGUGGUAGUAACAAAACAGUGUUUUUAAAAGUUAGCACAAACGUGAACAGUUACCGUCACAGACCGGUUGUGUUUGACAUGUAUUUAUAUAACAGGAAGAGAGUGUGCCUAAAACAUGGUGGUGUAAAUGGAUCGUUUCUCUUGAGUUUUCAUUCUUGAUGGUGAACACAUGCCUUGUCCACGGCUCCCACACACACAGCUGGUGUCUGUCAGCAAACCUGAUCACAGCAACUCUCUGUUCUGCAGUGGAGAGUCAGAACUCACAAUGCCAAAAGGUUUUUAGUUUAGUUUUUCUGUACAGAUCCUCCACAGAAGUGUCUUGUGUUUAACAGCAUUAUUUAAACUUAUUCAACCUAAAGUUGUUUAUUUUACAAAGUGUUUUUGCUGCACUAAGGGGAGAGGUUCUGCUGUGUUGUAAAGUGUGUAGCUUGCCAGGGCAAAAUUAUAUAUUUAAAUAUAUAAAUGAUGAUUUUGGGGGAGAUUCCAACAUUUGGAUGCUGCUAGAUAACAGUUUGUUGGUGUGUAUGCUUUUACAGAUGUGUCUCGUGAAACUGGCUCAUCUCUGAUGGGAACAUGGUUGCUUUUUUCUUUUUUUAAAUAAAUGUAGUUUGA